UCGGAACGCUUGUCACUAGUAAAAGGCUCUGAGUUUAGAGAUCAGCCUCCAGUGGCGAUGGCGAACUUGGAGAUGAAAGUUCUCUAAAGGAAGUUGUCUUUGAGCUCAUCUGGUCCCGGUGCAAUGCGCUCGCUCUCCUCCCCGGUCUAACGACUCCACACACCCCAAACACCGACGCGGUUCUUCGGCUCAUCGGCGCUUCAGCGCUGGGCGAAGAGCCGACACUUCAUCAGCCGAGGUUCAUCGGGCUAUCCGGGGCUCCGGAGGCUCACUCUGACCCCGCAGAGUCUCCAGCGAGUUCUUAGAGGUCUGGAUGCGUUUUUGCGCGCUUUGAUUUGCGCUUUAUUUGGGCAGCACCAAAGUGGAAGUGCAUGAAGACACAAUGAGGAGCUGUGUCUCAGGCUGCAGGAGAAUGGACAUGACUGUAACACUGCUGCUGGUCACGCUUGCAGGCUGGACAGUGGGCUCAUCUCUGUAUGUUUCGGACAGUCGAUCACCUCGUCUGGCUCUGGAGAAAAGCUUGAGCUGGCCGCCCAAAGACACACAGUGCCAGCACAUGCUAAAGCGUCUCCAUAAUGGAGCACGUGUUACCGUGCAGAUGCCCCCCAACAUAGAGGGCCACUGGGUCUCCACCAGCUGCGAGGUACGUCCUGGCCCAGAGUUCAUCACCCGCCUCUACCACUUCCAACAUAACCACACUUUUCAGGCCCGCCAGUUUUACUACGCCGACAACCACUGCACAGUGCCCACCUACACGCUGGUGAUCCAGGGCCGUGUGCGCAUGCGCCAGGCCUCGUGGAUCAUCCGUGGUGGCACAGAGGCUGAUUACCACAUCCACCACAUUCAGGUGGUGUGCCACUCUACGGGCACGGCAAAGGAGCUAAGCAGGCGUUUGGCACAGAGCUGUGAGGGAAUGAAAGGCGCCUCCUUGGAGCCAAACAUAAGUUAUGAGCUGUGUAGCGAAGAAGGAAGCUGCAACUGCUCUCGCGGCCUGAACUUCGCCAUGCACGAGCUGCAGCUGCUGCGUGUUGAGAAGCAAUACGUGAACAGGAACAUGGAGCAGCCGGUGGAGGAGCUCUUUCUAGGUGAUAUCAAUACUGAGCCGAGCCAGAGGAUGAGCCACAGGCCCUCUAGCUAUCAGCCACCACUGCAGAACGCCAAGAGUCAUGAGCAGAACUGCAUCGCGUGUCGGAUCAUCUCGCGCUCGGACGAGUUCCACCCUCCAGUCCUGCCGCCAAGGCCCGAGCUCGCUGUAGACCUGCACGGACAGUGGGUUUCCCAGCGGUGUGAAGUUCGGCCAGACGCACUCUUCCUCACAAGACAUUUCAUCUUCCAUGAUAACAACAACACUUGGGAGGGUCACUACUACCACUACUCAGAUCCCGUCUGCAAGCACCCAACUUUCAGCAUCUUUGCCAGGGGGAGGUACAGCCAUGGCGUACACUCCACCCACAUCAUGGGUGGAACUGAGUUUGUGUUUAAGGUGAACCACAUGCGGGUGGUACCAAUGGACCCAGGCACUACAUCUCUCCUGAAUAUCUUUGAUGGGAAUGAAUGUGGCGCUCAAGGCUCGUGGCAGAUUGGAGUCGAGCAGGAUGUGACAUUGACCAACGGCUGCGUGGCGCUGGGGAUCCGCCUCCCACACACCGAGUACGAGCUCUUUCGCAUGGAGCAGGACCCUCACAGUCGCUACCUGCUCUACAACGGCCAGCGGCCCAGCGACGGCUCCAGUCCUGACCGGCCUGACAAACGUGCCACUUCCUACCAGACUCCGCUGGUGCAGUGCUCAGCCAACAGCCAGAAGUCAGAGGUCAACCUUGGUCACCAUACAAAACGGCAGCAAAAGUUGAAUAACAGCUGUUGCCCAGCUCACCAAAGCUACUUGAUGGAAACUGUGGUUCUUGUGGGAUUAAACAUGCUGAUUAUGCACUUCAUUGGUUGAAAGAAAAACUCCAGAAGCUGAACUGAUAUUUCUGUACAUCUUUGUACAUAUUGACACAAGGAGGACCAGAGAAACGUAAGAACGCACUCUGGCCAUCUGGGAACAAGUUUACUUGACACACUUGGGCAUUCUGCUCAUUUUUCUGGUUUCUGGCCUACAUCGAGGGUGGAUUAAAUGGAGAUGGAGAAAUGUGUGGGGAGGCAAAAUGUCUUUUUUCUGCCUCUGUACAUUACAGACUGCAAAGAACUGAAACUGCUGCACCACAGUAACUGCACUUUAAUAAAGCAUGACUGGCAACUUGUAUGGUUCCAAUAAAAAAAAAGUGUUUGAUAACCCUUGUUAUGUUAUCAGCUUCAUCAAAGAGGGUUUCCUGUUUAUUUUCUCAAGCUUAGCUGUAGACAUAUAUGCUAACAAAGAGAUAUUUUUCUAUGGUAUGAUGCGUGUGAGUGUGCAAGUGCAUUUGAAAUGAUAAUAUGAACCAAUUCAGGGUUGUGUAGAUUGAAAGGGAAUGACAGUGUACCAUAUUGUCAGUGAUGAACUCUUAUAGGACGGUAAAGAAUUAACAUUUGUUUUUCAUUCGUGAAACAGGAAACUGUAAAGCUGUUACACGGUGUUCAUGUUUAGUUUGGAGCAAAGCUGGAACAGGGAGGCAGAAGAGUGCCAGUUCUGAUUUCCUGAUGGUUCGUGAUGUCUGCAUGCAUGCUGUAAGCUAUCAUUUUUGCUUACUGUAUUGGGUUAUGGCAUGAAGAAUAUUCCAAGGAAUUGCGGCUUCAGAUGUCCCACCAAAAACUGACAUUCUUCAUUGCAGUUUGAUCCAGAACUGGAUCGGAAAUGAAAUGGCAAUAUUAAUUUCCCUCACUGGUAUGAACUGUGUUUGCUGAAAGAGCAAGCAGAGUAAAACAUGAUCCUUUUUGAGACAGAGAGGUUAUGAGGCAUUAUAGAUUUUUUUUUUUUUUCCCAGAUUUUUGUGUUUUGUUUUGAUAGAGUACUAUAUUGUUAUUAAGCCUAUGUAGAUCCACAGCUGAACUACAUGCAUCAUUACCUGUAAGUGCCUUAAAAAGACAUUGUCCUAAUAACUGGAUUGUAAGAAUAGAAAUUAAAUAUUUGAAUGGGUUGUAUGUAAUGAAUUUUAUUAUUAUUAUUUCUCUAUAAUCUGUGGUAAUAACAAAUGUGCCUAUAGGUUGUUACUAGUAGCCAUAUUUCACUUUUUUUUAUUUUUUAUAUGAUUUUAUCACAACAUUGAGACAGAACCUCGACGUCCCAGUGUGACACGACUUUUACUUUUAGUCGUAUGCUAAUCACAGGUAUUGCUAAGUGGCGUUGUGAUGAGACAAUAUAGGGUUAAACUAUGAAAUAUGGCUGCUAAUUACUUUACAACCUAAAAAGACACAGCUUCAGUGUUGCAGAAAUUUCUAGCACAUAUAUACGCGGGUCCUUAAAGUUUUACAAAGGAGACUAUGGAAGAUAGCCAUCUGAAAUUCUUCUGGAAACUUAAACAUGAUGGUUUGGAUGUGUGUGUGCAUGUAUGUGUAGAAGAGGAGGACAUGGACAGAUCAGACAAAACACAAAGGGGGGGGGAAAAACCCACAGCUGUACAAAUGGAGUUUUUUUUUUCCCACUUUAUUUAUUUCUUUAAUGUUGAAUAGCAUUGGACAGGACAGGAGAGGUGUAGACUCGAACUUCAGUCAACAUUUGCCUCAAGUAGGGAUAAAUGCUUUGUAUUGAGGGAAAAUAAAGAACAUUAAUAAUAUUAAUAAUAUGAUAUAACAGUAAUAAAAGUCUGCAUUGGUAUCAUUAGGGACAGGAAAAAAGACAAAUGUACAAAAGGAGGCAUCUUUGUUCCCAGCCCAACUGUUGACGUUCCCGUGGAAAUGGAGAGGCAGCGAAGGGUAGAAACAUCUGCCGUCUUUCUGAGGCUGCCGGGGAUGAAAAGGGUCACAAGAUCUGUUUUGUUUUGUAUUGAUUGAGGUUGCUUUUCCUUUUCUUAAAAAGGAUUAAAAUUACAUUUACAAGACACCUAACAUUCCAUUGAACUUUUAAUAAAACGAGAAAGAGAGAGUGAGGAGUGGUGGUGGUUGUAGUGGUGAUGUGGGGGGACAAAAAAAUUUAUAUUAACACCUUUAUAAUUUGGGUCUCUGAGAUGUGUCCGGUCUUUUUUUUUUUUUUCUUUGUGUGAUGGUUUCAUCACUCUCUCUUAAACCACUGCUGUGUUUUAAGCCUGUUUGCUCAGUUACCUUCUGUCCAUUGCACAAAGAAAAGAACGGUGUGGGAAUAAAAAGAGACAGAGAG